GGAGGCAGGCAGCGGGCCAAAGCGGCGGCGGAGGAGGCAGAGGCAGAGGCUGGAGGCGGCGAUGGAGGAUGAGGAGGAGAGGUGGAGGAAGGCCGCGAAGGGGGCGAGGGCCGGCUCGGCACUGAGCUGCUCGGGGAGCUGCUGUUCCGCCCUAGCCAUGGCUGCAAAAGACCCUACAGCUGUUGAACGAGCAAAUUUAUUAAAUAUGGCUAAACUGAGUAUCAAGGGACUCAUUGAAUCUGCACUGAGCUUUGGACGAACUCUUGAUUCUGACUAUCCACCUCUGCAGCAGUUCUUUGUCGUCAUGGAGCAUUGCUUGAAACAUGGCCUUAAAGUAAAAAAAUCUUUCCUAAGUUACAAUAAAACAAUCUGGGGCCCUCUGGAGCUUGUGGAGAAAUUGUACCCAGAAGCUGAGGAAAUUGCUGCUAGUGUUCGAGACUUACCUGGACUCAAGACUUCCCUAGGACGUGCUCGUGCCUGGUUGCGAUUAGCACUUAUGCAAAAAAAGAUGGCUGACUAUUUACGGUGUCUUAUCUUCCGGAAGGAUCUCCUUAGUGAAUUUUAUGAAAAUCAUGCACUGAUGAUGGAAGAAGAAGGCGUAGUUAUUGUUGGGUUGCUCGUUGGGUUAAAUGUAAUUGACGCAAACCUGUGUGUAAAAGGAGAAGAUUUGGAUUCACAAGUCGGUGUGAUAGAUUUUUCUAUGUACUUAAAGAAUGAAGAUGAUAUAGAAAGCAAAGAAAGAAAUGACCACAUUGCUGCCAUAUUGGAUCAAAAGAAUUACGUUGAAGAACUAAAUCGGCAACUGAAUAGCACAGUCGGCGGCCUUCACACACGUGUUGAUUCACUAGAGAAGUCAAACACUAAACUUAUUGAAGAGUUAGCAAUAGCCAAAAAUAACAUCAUUAAACUUCAAGAAGAAAACCAUCACUUAAGAAGCGAAAACACGCUCAUUUUAAUGAAAACACAACGUCAUCUAGAGGUGAACAAAGUGGAUACUGAUGCGGAACUUCAGACAUACAAACACUCCAGACAAAGCCUGGAUGAAAUGUACAAUGAGGCACAUAGACAGCUUCGAGAAGAAUCACAGUUACGACAAGAUAUAGAGAAUGAGCUGAUGGUCCAAGUUGGUAUGAAGCAUGAGAUAGAACUUGCAAUGAAGUUGCUGGAGAAAGACAUUCAUGAAAAACAGGACACACUUAUAAGUCUACGGCAACAGCUGGAAGAGGUCAAAGCAAUAAAUGUAGAAAUGUACCAAAAGAUUAAGGUUUCAGAUGAGGAUAUGAAAGAAAAGAAUGAAAUAAUUGGUCGACUGGAGGAUAAAACCAAUCAGAUUAAUACCACUAUGAAGCAGUUGGAGCAAAGAUUGCAGCAAACAGAGAAGUCUCAAACGGAGGCAGAGAGUGAGGACAAGAAAUUUAAGCAAGAUUAUAUGAGUAAAUCUGAAAGUCUUCAGAAAGAAAUUACUCAAAAGGAGAAGCAAGUGUGUCAGCUGGAAACCGAUCUGAAAAUAGAAAAAGAAUGGCGACAAACGAUGGAAGAAGACCUUAGAAAGGAAAAAGAAAUGGCAUCUUCUCUGAAGAUUGAGACCCAACAAAUAAUUACUCUCAAAAAAGAGUUCUUAAAGUUACAAGAAAAGAACAAGCAGUUGAGAAAUCUCUGUCAUGAUCAAGAAGAAGCUCUCCAAGAACUGGCUGGAAAACUUAGCGAGUCAAAGCUUAAAAUAGAAGAUAUAAAAGAAGCAAACAAAGCUUUACAGGGGCAAGUAUGGCUGAAGGACAAAGAUGCUACCCAUUGCAAGUUAUGUGAAGCAGAGUUUUCUCUUUCCAGAAGGAAGCAUCAUUGUAGGAACUGUGGUGAAAUUUUCUGUAAUGCCUGCUCAGACAACGAACUGCCUUUGCCCUCUUCGCCGAAGCCUGUAAGGGUCUGUGAUACUUGCCAUGCGUUGCUAAUACAGAGGUGUUCCUCCAAUGUGCCAUAAAAGUCCUCUGAAGAUUUAUAAACUGUUGCCUCCCAAUUAGGAUGAGUAUCCUAAUAUUGCCAUACAUACUUCUGCUACAGCACAAUGUUUCUUGUCAAAAAAUAUUGGAAUAUCCACUGCUGAAUUUUGUGCCAUUGUGAUAUAUUCCUGCAGUACCAGCAUGAUGACAAGUUUUGUGAGGUUGUGCUAAUACAGUGAUUUAUAUGCAUCUGCUUGCGCAAUGCAUCUUAUCCUCCGCCUUUAAAGAUGCAGGUGGGAACAUUUAUCAUUUUGCUGAACCAUUCCAAUUGAAAAUGGAGAUUUCUGCAUUGUCACUUUAGUUUUUACUCAUUUGUAAUUUGGGAAUAAGUUGGUUGUGACCAAGAAAGCCUAGAAGCCAGAGAGACAUUUAGCAGGCCUUUAAUGUAUACUACUAUGUGCAGUAUCCAAAUCUUUGAAUUGUUGUCAAGUGAAGAUAAAUUUAAAUAAGAAAAUAGAAACAUAAGCAAAUGGAACUCAAGCAAGACACUACUACCAAAUAGAAAAAAAAAAUUGUCUUGGUGGGGAGAUACAUAAAUCUCCCUGCUAUAAAUAUCUUAAAAAUUAACUUAAACUAAGAUUCUAUAUUCUCGAUAGCAAGGGUUAAAAUGACAGUGGUGGUAGCAAGAAUGAAAAAAGUCAAUUGCUGCUGAAAGUUACUUAUUUCUUAGAUGCCUGCUUUCUAAGAGGCCCUACGAGGUAAGACAAUAUGUAAGGCAUGGUUGGACUGCUGCCUCUCCAGUGGCAUUUGUCUAAAGAUCCUUCUACACUAAUCUAAAACCCGAAAGUGGGUUAAAAUAACCUGCUUCCUCUCGGAUUCUAGUCCCUACUCCCACUGCAAACUCCGGACUUUCCUGUGAUGUCAUCCAGCCCCCCUCCAGGCCCCCAUUCCCUCCCCAAAACUUACCGGUGGGACUUGUCGGCAGUACAUGGCUCUCUGUACAGGAAUUAUGAUGCAAGAAAAUGACAUUAGGAGCGGGGGGGGGGGGGGAUCCCCCAUGUGCCAUUUUCUUGUAGAAGGAGUCUUGUACAGAGGAGCCUGCACUGCUGGCAGGCCUCUCCAGGGGUGCUGGAGGGAAGGGGGUGGGCACCUCCUUUGGGCUUUCGGAAUCCAAAGAACCAGGAUGGCUGUAGGGAUUGACCCCUGGGACUGUGGAAGUACUCCCAAGAGUCAAUCCUCACAGGGUCCACAUCCUACCUUAAGAUCCAAAUCUUUCCAAAUGUUUAAUUAAUGCAGAGUAAACUGGAAAAACCGUUUACUCUGCAUUAAUUCUCUGAAGAUCCCAUCCUCUUUACCAUUUGUCUGGUAGAUGAUAUAGGAAAGUAUGUUCUAGCAAUUGGAAAGGUGUAUUGAACAGCUAAGAAUGACUGAACUUGGAUAUCUCUCAUUUGCCUGAAAGGAACAAUUGAAUUAGCUUAAUGAGUGCCGGAGAAGGACUGAGAAGGAAGGCCAACGAAGAAAAGAAUGUGGUAAGAAUACCACGAAUGAGAAAAAGAUGGAAUAUGUGUAAUAUUUCUGUAACAUCUCUGUUUUGAGGCUCUGAGGUGAGAAAACAUUUUAGAAAGUGUGUCCUGAAUUUACAUCCAGUUAGAAUCUAAUUUUAAUCUGCUCUCCCCCAAUAUGCAGGAAUUCAAAAAUUCUAAAAUGUAUUAUACAAACAAUACAAUAGGAAGGGACUUGGUAGUUAGUUGAAGGUCAUUAAUUCUAAGGAGUGCCUAUUUUUAAUCCAUGACAAUAGGUAUGUAAUUAGAUACCCUAGUAACACUUUAUACAGUCAUAUAUGUAGAACUGCUGCAUAUGUUUGUUAGGGUGCCUUAAUGUGGAUUGUGUAGAAAUAACUUAUACAUAAUAACAGAGUUGAAUUACUGAUAUUUAGAUGACCAUUUUGGGUGACAGAUGCUAGAACUUGUGGUUCCAAAAGCAACUUUGUGAAUCUUCUGAAACCUCUGCAGAUGUAUAGAGUCCAAUUUCUUGUCUUUACAUUAUGGGCGGGAGUCUAACAUAUUUCCAGAUGUUGCUGCAUUUCAGACCCUAGCAGUCCUUGCUGGCAAAACCAUUUGUGUAGACUGGAAGUUGCAGUGAAAAUGUUAUUGUAAUUUAUAUUAUCUGAAGGGAGUUUCAUACACAUGCACCCAGUAUUGGACAUCUGUUGUUAGAUCACAUUGAAAUCCUGGGAUCUUUUGCUAUUGCCUGUUUUGACGAAAGCUGACAGCAUUGCAGUGCAGCAUCUUGCAAGCCAGUUUUCAAUCCUGUUUUCAUACUUACUAAGUGCAACGAAAACACGUUUCCAUGAAACAUCAUUCACCUUGUUAGAUUGAGAAAUACAAUAAAAUCUUUUAAUACAGUAAAUGUAAUGAUUUCAGAAAUGGGAUUAUUUGUGAUAUUUCAUUUCACUUUUUCAUCUGAUAUAGGAGGAUUAGAGGAAAUAGUUCAACUUCUAUCUAACCUUGUUUCAUUUUAAAGAUGAAAAUGUCUGCCUCAAACAUCCGUGCCUAACAUUAUUUUUGAUACCUGUUGUCUGAAAAUGUGGAUUGGUUAGAAGAGGUGGUCCCCUUUUGUGCUCUAACUUUAUGAGAAUUAUAACUAUAGAAUAAUACAUGAGGGUUGCUAACUUUUCUCUCUAUUACUAAUGUCCUUACCAGUCUUUAAUGACAUAAUGUAAAUACAUGCAAAAAAUGAAGUCUCCUGUUCCACUUGCUGAAUUUCUGCCGGCCAAUUAACUGUUUAAAGGACAGGAACUCUGCACAUGUCUAAUAAAAAUACAGUAUAUAAAAAUCAGAACAAUGCAGAUAGCUAAUAUAACUAAUUAUCACUUCCUUACUCCUCAAAUAGCUUGAAAAACGAGAGGCUUAAACCUUAAUUUAGUUGCUACAGUUCGAAAGCAGAUAGUCUUCUAACAGUGGUUCUCAACCUUUUCGUCACCCUGGGCCCUACUUUUAAAUGCCUUUUGUGGCUGUGCACUAUCAAGACUUAACUCAAGAUUUAAGCCUCUAGACUGCAGCAAAUAAUUAUUUCAAUUUUUUCAUGAUGGUCCUUCAUAUUCAGAGAGAAGGGGUAUAAGUUAAUCUGUUAAUGUAUACACUCAUAAUACAGUAUCUUGAUUAUAGUCUUUCCAUACGAAUUUGAAAUAAUAGUAUCAGAGAAUCAUAGAGUUGGGCCAUUUAGCCCAACCCCCUGCCAUCAACACUAAUAAUAGUUAAUAAUUUAAUAAUAGUUGUAGUGAUAGCAGAACAAGAAUAACAUUAAUAGACAGUAAUGGUAACAGUAAUAGAAAUAUCUAUAAAAGAAGAAUGACACUCCUACUACUUCUACUGGUACUAACAUUAACCACAGUAGCAUUAAAAGUAAUAAUAAUUUUUCUCACAAAUGGACCAUUUUGUGGUAUUCUGACAUGCUAAUCUCAAAUUUGCAUGUCACAUUUUCGUGCAAAAAAAUUGAAAUGUUAUUAAAGAUUUCAAAAACUUCCCUCCACUGCUUAAAAUUUGAUGAAAUGUUUUUUAUUGUUCGGCUCCCACACACCAGCUUGUUUGUUUGUGUUCAGUCACCAUAUAUACACCGUAUAUGUGUCCAGGGCCAUCACCUUGAAGAACAGAUUUCAGCUCCACUUUGUGGCCGUAAAGAGAGCCAUUGAGUUAAGAAAAUGUCUUUAACAGAAAAAACACCUUAUUAAAGUGGUGCCCAUUGACCAUACUAUCAAUGAAACUACAAGCACAUGGAACCAUUAACAUGACAUACACAUACAAAAGUCACAUGAAAGCAAAAACUAGAAGGUGAAAUGAAUAUAAUUUUACUGGUUGUACUUCAUUUACAGGGAGAAAAGGGAACAUACUCUUUUUGUAUAAUUACAACUACAGACAGUCCCUGACUUACAAACAUCUGAUUCACAAACAAGUCAUAAUUACAAACAGGGGUCAGACAAUAGGAAGUGAGAGAAAUCUACCCCUUGGGAGGGAAGUUCACUCCUGGAAAAGUCAUAAUGGGGAAAAGGUGUCUCCACUGAAGCUUUAGCACCAAUCCUUGUUUCUAAAAUAAGACAUUUUUUUCAAAAUCGAAUGACCACAGGGACAGAAAAUGAAGUGAAAUCUUAUGAUCGCACAGACAGCUGUUACAAAAUUCACUUGAGCAAUAUUGAAAAACUACCCUAAUUAUCAACAACCAAAUGGUUAGCAGAAAUCAAUGAUUAUAAAAUUAGCCUGAAUGCUCACUCACACUGACGAUGACUGACUCUUUCUCUGUCCUGCAGCCAUUGACUGUUUGCCAGUACCAAGAAAUGUCACGUGUUUCCUCUCUGCCAUCUGACGUUCACUUGUAAGUUCUCAGCAUGUGUGGAAAUUACUUUCCCACCCAACUAGUCCCAUAGCCGAUUUCUACCUAUGGGUGUUUUUAAUUCAGGUAAUAGGUUAAAAAAGCCAAGUUUUCAAAAAAAAAAAAAAAAAGCAUGGAAAAUUAAGAUUUUGUUCCAUUUCCCUUUCCAGUUUGCUGACAUUCAUUCACUUGUUCGUUCAGACAGAUUUAACUGCAAAAAAAUCAUAACAUUUCUUCAAUCCUUCACGGGCCCCCUGUGACAACAUGGUGGCUCCCCCAGGGGUCCACAGACCACAGUUUGAGAACCACUGUUCUAACAUAUUGCAGAAUUGAAAACGGGUUGCCAUUUGAUAAAUAGCUCAGAAAUAAACUGUACACUACUGUUAUAUCAAUUGAAUAUCACUACAGUUGCUCUGGAGAGUACUUUUAUAUAGUUAUUCAAAAGGGGAAUAACUAUAUAAAAUAUAUGUUUCCAUAUAUUCGUCCCUCUGAAACAACAAGAUAAGAUACACUGGGAAUUUUCUUAUUCCCACAAGCUCUAUGUUUACAGGACCAGUUCAGUUCUUGUACCAGAAAAUACCUGCCUGAAAAUCUGUCUGAUACUUUUCCUUCCAAAAUUAUGCUGGAGAACUGCAUCACUAUAACUAUAGUUGGUUUCAAUGUUCUUAGAAUGGAGAUUUCCCAAGUACUUCAAGGUGGAGAUCUGGAGAUCUAGGUCUUAGUAAUACACAGGAAAUUUUUAAAAUUCUAUUGUAAAGAUUACGUAUUAUUUGAACAAAUGCCAAUAAAAUUAUACUGUUGGUUGCUGUAGUUCAUGAUAGUGAACUAUUUUAAUUAAUAGUUAACACCAAACAUUUGUAAAUCCAGUUUCACCAUGAUCUAAUAACAUUCCAGACUCUUAGAUCACAUUAUAAUGAAGUUUACUAUUCUUUCUCCAGCUUACAACUCACAUCUUAUGCUGUAAUACUACCCAAGAUUAAAAUCUGAUUGGAAUUUUGGUCUGUUACAUUUGGUCUACCUGUAACUAUUAGAAUCUGAGAAACAUUCAUCUCUUUCCCAUCAAAGGUUCAUAAUCCAUUACUGCAGCUAAACUGUAUUAUUUCUAAACAGGCUUGCAAUUUUUGUGGUACAUUUGUGCCAAGACAUAAAAUAUACUGAUGUAGCUUUUGUAAUAAUGUUUCAACAUGAAGGUGUUUUUUUUUGUAAUUUUCAAUACAAAAGUUGUAACUUUGUGCUUUGUUAAAAAUAAAAUAAUUUUAAAGAUUC